AGGAGGCUGUGUGCUCUUGCCCUUUCCCGGCCGCCUAGGAAGAGACCCCGCGCAGGGGUAGAGGGGAAGGAAGGAAGGAAAGAAGGAAGGAAGGAAGGGGAUCUUCAAAGCGAGCUGGUCCGUGCCUCCAGGCAGGAGUCGCCCACCCUUCUCCCCCGCCUCCUCCGCCCUCGCUGGCUUUCUCCGCCCCUCGCCACGGCUCUGCCUCUCCUCCUCCUGCGCGGCGAAGGAGCUGCUUUGCAAGACAGCGCAGGCUGCCAGCCGGGACGGGAGCGCGCGCGCUGCGGGCUGUGCAAAGCGCCAAAGAGGACCAUCAGGGAAUUCUCCCUCCGGCUCCUUGAAAUAAAUACAUUAAAAUUGCCCCUUUCUUUUUUCCAUUCAGAAGUGCAAUUUUCCAUUCUGCACCCCACCCAACCCCGCAACAUUUUACUUCCAUUUAUUUAUUUAUUUAUUUAUUUUUAAAAGUGCAUAUAGGCUGUCCUAUAUAUCCAUCAUCCACCAUCCAGCCUUUUUUUCCUUCCCCUUUCGAGAAACUCACUUCGGGAUGAUUCUCCUGUCAUUGUGCUUCACAGCAGCGGCUCUGGUCCAGUUGAAGACUUCAGCUGACGAACAAGCUGCUAAAGAAGACGCUAUUCAAACAGAAACAUCAGAACACAAGCUAAAACAGUAUAUCUUAGCAACCCCGAUCAGCACCAGAGCAGACGGAAGUUACAUCUCCCAUAGAGUUUCCGCAAGCCAUUCAAGAAGAUCUGUGAGAGAUGUAUCAGCAAGUCCCAAGCAACUAUAUUUCAAUAUAUCUGCAUUUGGAAGGGAGUUCCAUCUGAGACUAAGACCUAACACUCAUCUAAUAGCUCCCGGAGCGGUGGUGGAGUGGUACGAAGACUCUGUGGAAACAAGGAACGGAACGGACGGCGUUAGCCUGGGUCAGAGUGGGAGUGUCACCGAAAGAAUAUGGAAAAAAGAAUCAUUAUCGACCAACUGUGCUUAUGUUGGAGAUCUUGUGGAUAUCCCAAGUGCUUCAGUUGCUAUUAGCAACUGUGAUGGUCUGGCUGGAAUGAUCAAAGUGGGUGAAGAUGAAUAUUUCAUUGAGCCAUUGGAGAAAGGGAAACAAAUGGAUGAAGAGAGAGGGAGGAGUCACAUGGUCUAUAGGAGGUCGGCCAUUGCACAAGAUCCAGGAGAUAUACUCCCUGACAUCCUCAGUGAAGAAUCUGGCCUUGGGGGUCGUCCCAGUCUCGACUCUACAUAUGCAAACUUAGAGCAGCAGCUGAACGAGACGCUGAGGCAGCGCCGGAAUGCUGCGGACAAUCACUACAACAUCGAGGUGCUUCUGGGAGUGGAUGAUUCCGUCGUCCGAUUCCAUGGCAAAGAACACGUUCAGAACUACCUCCUCACCCUGAUGAAUAUAGUGAAUGAAAUUUACCAGGAUGAAUCCCUGGGGGUCCACAUAAACGUUGUUCUGGUUCGCAUGAUGAUGUUGGGCUACACCAAGUCCAUCAGCCUUAUUGAACGAGGAAAUCCAUCCCGGAGCCUGGAGAAUGUUUGCCGCUGGGCAUAUCAGCAACAGAAAGCAGACUCCAGCCACUCAGAGCACCACGAUCAUGCUAUAUUCCUAACCAGGCAGGAUUUUGGACCAGCUGGAAUGCAAGGCUAUGCUCCAGUAACAGGCAUGUGCCAUCCUGUCCGAAGCUGCACUCUUAACCACGAAGAUGGAUUUUCUUCAGCUUUUGUGGUCGCCCAUGAAACUGGCCAUGUGUUGGGAAUGGAGCAUGACGGACAAGGGAACCGGUGUGGGGAUGAGACAGCAAUGGGGAGUGUCAUGGCUCCCCUGGUGCAAGCAGCGUUCCAUCGAUACCACUGGUCCCGAUGCAGUGGCCAAGAAGUCAAAAGAUAUAUACACUCCUACGGCUGCCUCCUUGAUGAUCCCUUUGAACAUGACUGGCCCAAACUUCCUGACCUGCCGGGGAUCAAUUAUUCCAUGGAUGAACAGUGCCGUUUUGAUUUUGGAGUGGGCUACAAAAUGUGCACAGCGUUCCGAACUUUCGACCCGUGUAAACAGUUGUGGUGCAGCCAUCCGGACAACCCCUACUUCUGCAAGACAAAGAAGGGGCCCCCACUGGAUGGAACGGAAUGUGCACCCAGUAAAUGGUGCUACAAAGGUCACUGCAUGUGGAAAAACACCAACCAGCUGAAGCAGGAUGGCAGCUGGGGAGCCUGGACGAAAUUUGGCUCCUGCUCUCGGACAUGCGGAACCGGCGUUCGCUUUAGAACGAGACUAUGCAACAAUCCUGCGCCUCUUAACGGGGGUCAGGAUUGUGCCGGCGUCAACUUUGAGUACCAGUUGUGCAACAUGGAGGAAUGUCCAAAACAUCACGAAGACUUCCGAGCCCAGCAGUGUCAACAACGCAACUCACAUUUUGAGUACCAGAGCAGUAAACACCACUGGCUGCCUUAUGAACAUCCUGAUGCUACCAAAAGAUGCCAACUCUACUGCCAAUCCAGAGAGACGGGAGAUGUUGCCUACAUGAAACAACUCACCCAUGAUGGGACUCGCUGUUCAUACAAAGACCCCUUCAGCAUCUGUGUGCGUGGGGAAUGUGUGAAAGUGGGCUGCGACAAGGAAAUCGGGUCCAACAAAGCUGAAGACAAGUGUGGAGUAUGCGGGGGAGAUAACUCUCACUGCCGGACGAUCAAAGGGACCUUCACUAGAAUCCCUAAGAAACCUGGCUACCUUAAGAUGUUUGACAUCCCUCCGGGUGCUAGACAUGUGUCUGUCCAAGAAGACGAGGCUACCCCUCACAUUCUUGCUGUUAAGAACCAGGCAACAGGUCACUAUAUUUUGAAUGGCAAAGGAGAGGGAUCUGGCUCUCGUUCCUUCAUUGAUCUCGGCUUAGAGUGGGAGUACCACAUAGAAGAUGACAUAGAAACCCUUCAGACGGAUGGGCCACUGUAUGAUGCUAUUGUUGUGUUGAUCAUCCCUCGGGACAAUGUCACGCAGUCGAGCCUGACAUACAAAUACAUAAUCCACGAGGAUUCAGUCCCCAAUGUCAACAGCAACAAUGUACUUCAAGAGGACCUGGAUACGUUUGAGUGGGCUUUGAAGAGUUGGUCUCAAUGUUCCAAGCCUUGCGGAGGAGGUUUCCAAGACACUAAGUAUGGGUGCCGCAGGAAGAGUGAUAGCAAAAUGGUACACCGCAGCUUCUGUGAAGCCAGCAAAAAACCCAAGCCCAUUCGUAGGAUGUGCAACCUUCAGGAAUGUACGCAGCCAUUCUGGGUAUCAGAAGAAUGGGAGCAUUGCACCAAAACCUGUGGGACCUCUGGUUAUCAGAUCCGAACCGUGCGCUGCAUCCAGCCUCUCCACGAUGGUGCAAAUCGCUCCGUCCAUUUCAAGUAUUGUAGCGGGGAUCGCCCUGAGAGCCGUCGGCCAUGCAACAGGACGCCGUGCCCUGCUCAGUGGAAAACCUGGCCCUGGAGUCCAUGUUCUGUGACCUGUGGUGAAGGAACAGAGUCCAGGCAAGUCUUAUGCCGCGCCAGCGACCAAUGCAAUGGAGAGAAGCCAGAAUCCGUGAGGGUUUGCAAGCUUGCCCCCUGCAAUGACGAACCAUGCCUGGGAGACAAAUCUAUCUUCUGCCAAAUGGAAGUGCUCUCCCGGUACUGCUCCAUCCCGGGCUACAAGAAGCUCUGCUGUGAAUCUUGCAGCAAACGUAGCAGCACCCUCCCACCACCUUACCUUAGCGAAGCUGCCGAGACCGAAGAGGGCGUGAUGACCAACCCUGGCAACCUCCCCAAGACUUUGGCUUCUCCGACGUCUUCAGUCCCUCCUCGUUCUGAGAGGCGUGGUUCUUUGGGCAGGAUGCCCUUGGCAGAAGAAGACAGGCAUGCCCUGAUCCCCAACACCUACGGAAGGGCAAGGGUUGCCAGUCCACCUCAGCGGAGAGUUCAAAGCCAAGCGAGGAACAAGACUUCCGGGCUGGUUGCAACGCCGUUACAACUGUCAACCGCGAGUGGGCACCUUGCGACCCACACAUCCUCAGCCUUGUUAGAUAUCGGUCCAGCUGUGACACAGAACAGCAGUUCAGCUGGCGUCCUUUCUCCAUAUAGACCCUCAAAGAAAAAUGAGAAGCAAGCGGACAGGCGGCAACCUCCGAGGCCUUCCACUGUGGAAAGAUGAAACUUAGAAAUAAAAAAAGGGGGUGGGAGAUACCUAAAGUGGAGAAUGUGUCUCCUUGCUUUGUUUGGAGUACGGUGGUGCAUGCAAACCCUUCUAACACAAAACUUUCAACAAGUCAACCGCAGAAAAAAGUGUUGGGGGGAAAAGUGCUGGCUCACUUUCCAGUGACAUCCAUUCUUCACUCAGUUCCUCCUCUUCUUCUUCCUCCUCCUCCUCCCAACAUUUGGUCACCCCAAAAACUUUGAAGGGAAGCACCAAAAUCACACCGAUGUAAGAAGAAGAAGAAGAAGAAGCAAGUAGCUGAGUGGGUUGGCCAUUCUCUGCCACCCAGACCCCCUAACAUUGCACGUCGGCUGCUUUUGAGGGUGGAAAGUAUGAUUAAUUAAAAAUAAACGAAGGAAAGAAAUUAAAUGUUGCUUUUGAGGGGUGGGAGGGGGCAACCAAGCAGAGGCACCAAAGUUUACACGUCUACAGCAUAUUUUUUUUACUGUGGGACAUUUGACCUCCAUAUGAAUUGUAUUGCUAAUUUAUCUCUAUAAGCAAAUGCUAGAGUAUGGUUCACCUUUGUCAUGUACAUAGGCUUGGUUGGCACAUCCCGCUGAGUCAAAGCAUGGCUGAGCUUGAAGAUGCAGCCUCCCAGAGAGGGCAUUUCGGUUGUGUUGCUUCUCCCCAGCCAUCCUGCUACUUAGCCGUGAGUUAGCUUACCAGGGUCCUGCGAGGCUCCAGAGGUUGCUGGAUUACAACCCCCAUCAUCCCUGCCUGGGGAUAAUGGGAGCUGAAGUCCAACAAUAUCCAGAGGGCCACAGGUUCGCCAUCCCUGGGCUUAGUGUGUCAUCUGAAGCAGGCUCGUGAGUUAGCUCUCCCGUACAAACCAUGAGGCAUAAAAACAACCACACAGGCCAUGGUUUGGUUUUAGCUUGUGGGUAACCUAGAAAGAGUAGACCCUCAAGCCUGUUAGCAAAAUCAGUUUAAAAAAUGCAGGCAGAGUACACAAAGAGGAAGAACCCUCAGAAAACUUUACCAAAAACCCUGUAAACAACCUCACUGUAUAAUUUGAGGGGAAACAAACAAAAGUUUAUACAUAGUCAGGAGAUAUUCAGUCAAACAUACAGAGGGAAAACUUCUUCAGAGUUACACAGCCAAUCAGGGUACAUGCUGCCUUUGGAACCAUCAUGCCAUGCUGCGUGGUUGCUAAGCAACACUUCUACCCCGCCUCUAGGCUAGGCUUUAACAGUGGCAACAGAAUUAACCCUUCAAUUACAAAGCCUGGGUUCAGGCCCCACAUAGCAACAGCACAGCAAACAGAAAGGAUCAAAGCAGCCGCAGUCUCCUCUUCCUGGAGCCUGCUCUCUCAUGCGCUCAUGCUAAGGUGUGCUUUGUUUUAGCACAAUGUGCAAACCAGGCCAUAGUGCAUAUAAUGGAUAGAGAGGGAGGAAAAACAGUGUUAUUUUUUUUCAGAGUUUUGUGUUGUUCAGCCAUUUGUUUAUGGACUUUGCAUUUCAGGAUCAUGUUUAGGUGCCUGCCGUUCAGUUCUGCCUUAUUUACAAGCCAUGAACCUGUUGGGUUUUUUGCUGGGAUCCAAAGACCUGGAUACAAACAGUGCUGCACACCAAUCCAGGUCGCCAAAUGGCUUUGGACAUCCAUGAAGGCUUUCUAGAUCUCCAUUUCCCAGCAUGAUUUCCUUGUGCUGCCUCAGACUUGCUCUAGUGUAUCUCCCAACAUUCUGAUGUGGCGUUUUGUGGGCACAGUAUCAACCGAGGGAAAGUGUGCCAGAAGGAGAAGUUAAGUCUGAAGACCUGAAAGGCCGACCUUCACUCCUAGCUAGCCUGGUCUGGAGGCAGAGCUUCCAAGAGGCUGGCACUGGCAUGAAAGGCCUGCCCACAACCUUUUGGACCCCAGCAAACAGGAUUACAGAGAAAGAUAAUCUCCCACCUUUAUAUCCUUCCCAGGGCAUUGAGGUGAUCAUCUCAGUCAUGCAAUCCAUGGCUUGGAGAGAUGAAAGGCAGCAAAAACUGCAUGUUCUAAGUCAGGCAUCCCCAAACUUCAGCCCUCCAGAUGUUUUGGACUACAAUUCCCAUCUUCCCCGACCACUGGUCCUGUUAGCUAGGGAUGAUGGGAGUUGUAGCCCCAAAACAUCUGGAGGGCCGCAGUUUGGGGAUGCCUGUUCUAAGCUGAUUCAUCUGUACAGUACCACUUUAGGUAUGUGGGGUAGCUGAACUGUCCUGGCAAGGAAGGGGAAAGCAAUUCCCCGUGCCUCUGGUGGGUGGGAAACAAGCAUGUAACCUAACACCCCAGCCUAUACUUCAGGGGGAUUACUGAGGCCUGGACUCACAGUGCCAUCUUCUUUUGCCUGUACCCAAGCAUCACUUGCACAUGGGCUGUGCACACCAAUCCCAACAUUAGAUGGUGCAACCGAGAUUGCAAAUGACCACAAUUUACAGUGCGGUUGGUCACAAGUGGCAUUGGCACUGCCUUGUCUCUGCCACCAUUUUUGACCUCUGUGCAGAUAGGCAAGGUGCAGGUUGCUUUGGUCCAUCACAGGGACAUCACCGAAGCUGCAAAUGUAAAUGGAACCUGAGAAGAAAUUGGUGGAAGAGGUGAAGAUAAUCAUGGGCACACCCUCGAUGAAAUGAACGCUAGAAUUUGGGGGUCACUUGCUAUGUGAGGAGGAGGAGGGUGUCAGGACUCACCGACAGAGCACACGGCUCCUGCCUGGAGACACAUGAUAAUAGCCACCUACCUGAAGCUGAGCACAGGGACAUAGGAAUCUGCCGUAGCUCAAGUCAAACCAUUAGUCUAUCUAGCUCAAUGUUAUACGCAUUGAUUGACAGGAUCUCUCUUGGGUUUCAGGCAGGUUUCUCUCCCAAUCCAACUUGGAGAUAUCAGGAAAUGAAGCUGGGGCUUCCUACAGGUGAAGCAGAUGCUCUCCUGCUGAGCUGUGGUCCUUCCUCAGAUCCAAGUCUUGUCGGUCCUUCCAAAAGAAAUGGUCUGGGGACCCUGCGUAUGCUACCUUGAAUUCCAGGGGGGGAAUGAAGGGAUAACUAAGAAAAACUACCUGUGUGCACGCAGCCCCAAGUUCGGUUCUUGGCAUCUCCAGGACCAGAGUUGAGAAAUGCCCUUACAAGAGACCGUGGGGCACUGCUGUUGGUCAAAGUAUAGAGUACUGAGCAGAUGGGCCUAUGCUUGCCUGGCUGCCUUUCUUUUCAAUAGGGCUUGUGCAUGAGAAGGUCUUGCUUACAGCACUCCCCUGGUGUACAGUAAAAGUAUGGUAAUGUCCAUGAAAAGAAGGUGACUUUACUUUAAAAAACAAACUGCUAAAUUGCCUGUUCAUCAAAGCCAAAGAGCGACUCCAAACUAGGACAGGAACGUGGUGUAGGAGUGGCAAGCACUGUAAAUGCACUUAACUUUUUCAUCAACUUCAAGCUGAGAGAGUGCAUUGACCAAUUGCACCACCGUGCACCACCGUAUGCAUCCAACUGGGACAAACUGCCAGCCAUUUAGGUCACUAUCAAACUUGUCAGGCAACUUCUCUCUCUCUCUGUGUGUGUGUGUGUGUGUGCAGGGUUUCGCUGUAAGGUACUUGUAUAUAGGAAUGAA